GUAUUUACGGUAAGGUGGAGUGGACCCGACGGCGGCUCCGUGUCAGGUGAUCUGAGGCGAGGAACUACCGCCGCCGCCCAACCAAGACCGCUGCAGCUGCUUCAGUUCUUGUCCGGAGGAGAGGGGAGGAAAAUGCAAAAUGGCCCAGCAGAAGCUGCAGCGGGCUUAUGAGGAGGGGCUGCCAGGCGCACCCCCACCCCCCCACCCCCGGCCUUGACGCGCGGGGACAACGCUAAGCGUUGAGUCCCUCCUUUCCCGCCGCUAGCCCAGACGUGCGCCCGCUUCCUUCGCUUCCCGAAGGGCCAUCCAGACAUGGGGCUCUGCUACAGCCUGCGUCCGAGGCUCUUUGGCGAACCCGGCACAGCAUCAGCAGGCGGCGGCUCCAUCUCCAGCGCUGCCGCCACGACCACCUCGGAGACAGAACAACAGCCAUCGCCACUGCCCACGGCAGAACCCUCAGCCCGGGCGCCGCCGCCACCUCUCCUACCCGGAGUCCAGGCCGGGAGAGCCAAAGGCAGAAGCGCAGCGAAAGGAAGCGGGAGCAACAGCAUCAGCGGCGAGAGCGAAGGAGCCGCUGGAAAGCCGCGCGCGGGGGAGGCGGACGGGCCGCUGCUGGUCCUGCAAAACGGAGAAGGGAACGGGGCGGCUCCCCGGGAGAAAGAACGGGAAUCGCCGCAGGGGCCGCCGGCAUCUCAGGCCAAGGCCGCCGCUGGCAAACAACAGUCUCUGGCGCUGCAGAGACCCUGGGAGAAGGGACGCUUGGAAGAGCGGGAGGCUGAGAAGGAAGCGAGGCGAGUCAGCAAGAGCAUUGACCGGGCGCUUAAGGAACAGAAGCGGGAAUACAAGCAAACGCACCGCCUGCUACUGUUGGGUACGUACUACCCCGCCUUGCCUCGCCUUAGCGCACAGGUGGCUCUGGCUGCUUCCAAAGAUGACACAUGA